GAAAUUAGGAUCCUUUUGUCCGCCACGUGUCGCCUCUUCACAAGUCCGUACAUUCUACUCUUCGCGGGAAAUCUUUUGGGCUUUUUUUACAAAAGGCGCUUCCCCUCCAAUAAUCGAGCCCCCGCGCGCACAUUUUGUCACAGUAAUGGCGCAUAUUAGCUCAAUGGAAGUGCAAAACCCAGACAUAAAUAGCGUCAAGAUCAUUCAAGAACUUCUAGAGACAGCUUCAAAGUUCAAAGUGACGGCAAUUCAAUGGCUUACCCCAGGAAAAGAAUCCACGCUAUACCCAUUCGUCGUGGCCCAGACGGCAGUGCUUUUCAAAAAUGUGAAAGCUGUGGCCUUUCAGUGCCAAUUGCUCUGGCUGACAUGCAUGAAUGCGGGGCGGGAAGGGUUGUCAAGAAGGCCAAAACUCAAUGCGGGAUCAAAACCAGGAAAGAACCGAGUAAAAAUGGCGAAGAAAUGAGGUUUCAAGACCAACCCAGAUCGGCAUUUCGGUUAUUUAUGGAGGAGUUUGUGAAGAAAUGCAAGGAUGGGAAUGAAAUUGAUGUUGAUAGGGGAGGGUUUGAAACAUGGAGAUGCAUGUCAAAAAAGGAGAGGCAACCCUAUGAGCUUCAAGCUCAAAAGAUCUGUUCAGCUUACUGGGAAUGUUUAAUCAUCGAGGAGAUUAAUAUGCCACUGGUGGAUGAUGAGGCUGAUUCAGCCGAGGUUGGCAAGUAUGAUAAGAGCUAUAAAGAUUGCAUGUGUUCUGAAGAUUACGACGAUUCUGGUGAAUUCUUGAACUUUUAUUCAGAUGAAAGUGAAGGCCUCAACUCCCAUGUAAAAUGGAGAUUGAAGAACGCUUGGUUGUUUCGUUGAGAAAUCCGAUUCAGAGUGUCAUUCUCAAAAUGGCAGAUUUAUCAGUUUUGAAGAGAGUUUAAGCAGUGGAAACUAUGGAAUGGGGAAGUCAUUUUGGCUGUUGUAAGUAGUAGUUAGAAAGAGAUGGGACAUUUAACUUGGCAUAAAGCCUUCAUUUUGAUGUAUUUUGUACAGGAAUUGAACGAUGUGUUCUGUCUGGUUUCGUUGAUUA